GUUGAGCAGUGUUGAAGACCAAGAAGAAGCAACCAAGGCCAGAUUCCGGGCGAAUUCAGCUGUAAAGAGAGAGAAAAGGUAAGGAAAAGGAUGAAAGAUAAGACGAGGGAAGAUGGUUUCAGUAAGGAGGCGGAGGGUGUCCCUCUGUACAGAGCCCACGGUGGCUGGGAUUUGGAUGAAAUCCACCGUGUUUCUAGGUACGGGCAGCAGAACAGAGGGUUAGGAGGUGGUGGCGACCAGGAUCGACGGUGGUUGGGAUUUCAAAUCUAUGAUGCAAAUUUGAAAAACCUCACCGCGGAGGAGGAUGCGGCUAAAGUGAGGAGGAGAGGGCGUCUAAGAGGUGCUUGCGGAUGGAUCUCAGUGAUGAAAGCCCAGAAGGGGCCAGCUUCAACCACCUUCGUCGACAACUAAAGAAGGCGGAGGGGAGUGAGGGUAUGGGGAUAGCGGAGGAGGUGAUUGGAUUCUUUGGGCGACCGAUGGUGAAAUGAUUCACCUCCUUUACUCCUCCUAUGCCGAUUUAGCUAUCUGGGCGCUGCAGCUAUACAGCAGAGACGCGAGGAAGCUGUGAAGCAAAUUCAAGUGGUCUUCUUGUAGUAGGGCGAUGUUGCGGCGGCAGAGGAGAAGUGCAGCGGCGAGGUAGAAGAGCUGGACUGGCGAAGGGAUUAAAAAGAUUUUGGGAUUUUUCAUUUUGUUUUCGUUGUUUUUAUUAUUUUUAUUAUUUUAGAUGGAAAAAUAAAUGAAAAUUGAUAAUGAAAAUUCCACGUCAGA